AUGGGGAGCCUCGAGGGCGAGGAGUUCGGGUGUUUCCUGCAGAAGGAGCUGAAGAUCAGGUUCGCUCAGCGCGCGCAGUUCUUCGAGGGCUUGCCCUACGGCCUCGUCGAGUGCCCCGGGAUUCAGGGCAUCCUGCGGCGGCAGAAGUCGUAUCCAGGGGCCAGAGACAGUCAGGGGCACCCUGCGCGCGCACGCCGCUGGCCUCUGCGCGCGGCGGCGGCGGACAUCGCCUGCCUGGAGAGUUGCCCACCGCCCGAGACCCUGCAGCUGGACCACGCCUUCACGCGUCUGGUGGAGCAGAUCCAGGAGCAGCAGCAGUACUUCGAGGCCGACCUGUUCGCCAGCUGCCGCGGCCUCUCGGCCCCGCCGGAGGCGAGGGCCCACCUCGACGAGAUCCUCCACCACGCGGUCGGCAGCCGCGUGGGCACCAAGGUGCUGAUGGCCCACUACACGCAGUCCGCCAGGACGCCGGACCCGUCGCGCGUGGGCGUCGUGGACUUGCAGUGCAGGCCUGGCGACGUGGCGCGGCUGGCGGCCAGGCAGUGCGCCGCGGUGUGCCGGCGGGAGCUCGGCGAGGCCCCACAGGUCUCGGUGCAGGAGGAGGGCAGCGAGAGCUACGCGCUCAUCCCAGGGUACCUGCUCUACAUGCUCAACGAGGUUCGAAGAGCACAGAUCUCCUGA